CAACAAUCAAGAUUAGACACAGACAGUCACACCCCUCCUCCCUCUCAGACAUCCGCGCGCGCCCAUUUCAGUAGAGGUGAGGCGGUCGAUGCAUCCUGCAAUGCAGGGUACCAAUAAGCCAGACACACCCAAACGUGCAUUUGUGGGUCACCCACCUUCUUCCGCGUAUCUGAUUGGUCGUCUCACCCUCCCCCAACCAACCACAACGCACCAAACCCCCCGACACGACAAGGCUGGCGACAGGAAACCCGCGAGGCGGACGGAGGGUUCUGAUUCGACUGGAAGCAGAGGGGAUGAUCAGUCACCUCCAAAUUGGAAGGACUCCCAUAGGCACACCACCAGACAGACAGACAGGCAGGCAGGCAACCCAGGCAGCCAAGCAGGAAAGGCACACAACCUAACUGGCUGCCUCCCGCUCUGCCUGCCGUGAUUGCGUGCAUCGACCAUCCAUACAACUCACCAACUCCGGACAAUAUCACCGGUCGAUGCUGCACGAGCUUCCC